GAGCUGCAAGACCCUGUCGGCCGCUCUCCCUGAUGACCCCACGCGCAGCACAUGCUCACAGUUAACAGGGCUCUCAGGUUAAGCCAGAGCCGGACUGGAGGGAGGGAUCCUUGGAGGGAGGAGUGUUUGCUCCAGCAACCCAUGGCAACUCCACAACACAGGUCCUUCCCCUCCCACUUGCCCUUCAGGCCAGUGGGGCUAGGGCUGUGGAGCCUGACAGAACUCAGAAGCCAAAGCCUGCAGCACCUAGGAACCCAGGCAGCCUGGGACUAUCUGAUCCACUUGUUCUAAAACACAGCCAGCAGGUCCAUGGCCAGCAGGCCUCUGCCGCCGGGACGCCAGGAGGAGGAGAAUGCCAAAGACUACGGGCCGAAACCCUCACCAGUGCGGCCCCGAGGCCGCCUGCCCAGCAUUGAUGAGGCGCGACCGGCAGGUCCAGGUCCUGGCCCGGCCUCCCGCCGGGGCUCCAUGCUGGGCGUGGCCACGUCCUUCUCCCGUCUCAACUCGCUAGCCGGGCCAGGCGCGGGUCCUGGGGGUCGGCGGCCAUCCCUGGGCCCGGUGCCCCCUCUGGGCUCACGGGUCAGCUUCUCAGGGUUGCCUCUGGCGCCCGCCCGUCAGGUGGCGCCCUCCUACCGCACGGAGCCGGUGCCCGGGGAGCGCUGGGAGGCUGCGCGCGCACAGCGUGCCCUGGAGGCGGCACUGUCCGCAGGGCUGCGCGACGCGUGCUACUCCAGCGCCGAGGCCGCGAGGCUGGUGCAGGAGCUCUGCGAGCAGGUGCACGUUCGCCUGCGCGAGCUUAGCCCGCCGCGGUACAAGCUGGUGUGCAGCGUGGUGCUGGGGCCGCGAGCGGGCCAGGGCAUUCACGUGGUCAGCCGCGCACUCUGGGACGUGGCGCGCGAUGGGCUGGCCUCGGUCUCUUAUACCAACACCUCGCUCUUCGCGGUGGCCACGGUCCACGGGCUCUACUGCGAGUGAGGGGGAGUCCAAUUCUGCAAAAUUGUUUAUUAUCCUAGGAGGAGGCCCCCCUGGGGCUCACAUCCCAAUAAAUAAGUGUCUGACAAUAAA